UGGAAUCUCAAAAUGGCUCCUGCUCACCGCCCAAAUGGGGGCGGCUGCCGGUUUUUCUAAUAACAAAAAUUAUACACGACCAGGCGACUGAUAUUCCCCCUUUUUGUGCCGCCGUCGCUCGGAAUAGCAACCGUAUUUUGAUUUGCGUCAUUCUGUAAUGAGCGAUACUCUCUGAGAUCAUGAUAGGCAUAAUAGCUAGACAAGGAAAAACGGGGAAAGCGCAAGCAAAGCUGAACCAGCUACCACAGCGUUUUUGUUAUGGAGCGGUGGUGUGGGGAAUGUGAAUGACAUGGAAAAGGCAUAUAAUGUCUCUUCUCCACCGGCUUUCUGUGUUGAUGUGAACGAAAAGGGGACCAGCAGCACAUGUGUCACCGAGCCGCUGUCUCACGGUACCGCCGAAGCGGCAGCUCGUAUCUCUAAACAUGUCAGCAGGGAUGAAACGGGUUGCAGUGACAGCAGGGAGUCGGGUGAAGCAGGAGAGGAUAUUGGCGGUUCCACGGGUUUAGUUACUGACAGUCCAUCCGGUGGCAUUGUAAGCAAUUGUGUUAUUUCUGAGCCAGGUUGUGACUCCGCUACAAACGGGUUUACUGGGUCAACAAUGGUAGGCGCCAAGGCAGGGAACUCCUCUGCUAUCGCUGCGGUGAAUCGAGAGGAAAUGGACGGGAAUGCUCUCCAGGGGAUUUCACUGGCAGAGAAGAACAAGGAAUCCUCUGCAGAAGAAGUAGAUGCCUGUCAUCCGCCAUUGAACUUUGUGACAGCAGCUGAGACUGUAGAGUCAUUGACACACUCCUGCAAUGGACAGCUUGAACUGAGCUGCACAGCUGCCUCCCAGACUGUUCCAGAGGGGCUCUCGAAUUGGGACACAGACAGUGUUAUUCAGAGCACCCUCAGCAGUGAUGCUGUUAUUAGGCCACCGAUUAACUGGAGUAUGACCCCUGACAAGGAGGCCAAAAUGGCAAAUGGUGGAUUAUUUAUAGGACACAGCAGCGCCAAGUUGCACACAGAGACAGUGGUAACAAUUAUUUCGGAUGGUGCCGCAACAUGUCUCUCUAACACACAGUGUGAAAAACCCUCCUCAAUUGCAAUGAGUGCAAGGGAGGGACAUCCCGAAUCCUGCAAAAUCAGAGUGGAACCCGACGGAGCCGGGGCCCAGCCUAGGACACAAGCUAGCGUAGCAGGUGCUACAUCAAAUCUCACCUCUCAGGGUUUACCAUCAAGCCCAGCACCAACGAAAGACCCAUGUAGGGUCAGUGCUAAACCAGACACCAUUCAGGGAGAGGAACCUUCAGCAUCUGGUCACCUAGGAGAUGAUCUUUCUUCCAGACCCCAGGCCCUCAGGACCAGGACUGUGCCCAACAGUCUGAGCUAUGACUCCUCCACCAUUCUCAGUCCAGGGGAUGAGGAUGGGGAGACCUUCGCGGAGCUGGGGGCCCAGGGCCACAGUGACCUCAGGUUCAUGGACGUCAGUCUGAGCUCCAGGAACACCUUUGAGUCCAGCAGACGUCAGUCCGCCCCAGGGGAUAUACCAGAGGGCCUGAGUGUAGUCUCGGUAGACCCCUCAGAACUGGCUUUACAGUCCAAAAGACCCGGCAUUGCUGAGUAUUUUGGCAGGAGUUUAUUUCCCAAGAAGCAGAGAGAGCCGAAGGGUCCGUCUCAGAAUGUCCCUGGUUGGAAGCUGUUUGGGAAAGUCCCCGCUAGAGAGAGCGCUCCCAAGGACUCCAGGACCAUACAGCAGGAGAGUAUUCCAGAUGGUCUCACGUCUGUGUCCACACCAAAUCUCUUAAGCGCAGGGGAGUUUGAGGCCAGGGUGGGCAAGGCUGGGCCUGGGGGAACGUCAGCUGGGACGUCCCCUACUCAGCCUCAACAAGGCCGGAGGAAGAACCUGGACUUUGAGCCACUGUCCACCACAGCUCUUAUAUUGGAGGACAGGCCUGCGAACCUUCCUGCCAAGUCUGUGGAGGAGGCCCAGCGUCACCGCCAGGAGUAUGACGAGAUGGUGGCCGAGGCCAAGAAGAGAGAAUUGAAGGAGGCCCAGAGGAAGAGGAAAGAGAUGAAGGAGAGGUUUAAGCAGGAGGAAAGCAUCGCCAACGCCAUGGUGGUUUGGAACAACGACAUCCUGCCCAACUGGGAAAACACGCGUAACACUCGACGGGUGAGAGAGCUCUGGUGGCAGGGCUUGCCCCCCAACGUCAGAGGAAAGGUCUGGAGCCUGGCCAUAGGCAACGAGCUCAACAUCACCCCAGAGCUGUAUGAAAUAUUCCUCUCCAGAGCAAAGGAGAGAUGGAGGAGUUUCAGUGAGACGGGUUCAGAAACAGAGGCUGACGAUGGGGCAUCGGUGGCAGACAGAGAGUCCAGUCUGGACCUGAUCAAGCUGGACAUAUCCCGCACAUUUCCUCCUCUUUUUAUCUUCCAGAAGGGUGGGCCAUAUCAUGAUCUCCUCCACAGUGUGCUGGGGGCUUACACCUGUUACAGACCUGACGUGGGAUAUGUCCAGGGCAUGUCCUUCAUAGCUGCAGUAUUAAUCCUCAACCUGGAGGAAGCUGAUGCCUUCAUCGCAUUUGCUAACCUGCUCAACAAACCCUGUCAACUGGCCUUUUUCAGAGUGGACCAUGAUCUGAUGCUGAAAUACUUUGCUGCAUUCGAGGUGUUCUUUGAAGAGAACCUCCCAAGACUAUUUAACCACUUCCAGAGCUCCAACCUCACCCCAGAUCUCUAUCUCAUAGACUGGAUCUUCACUCUGUACAGUAAGUCGUUGCCAUUGGACGUGGCGUGUCGCGUGUGGGACGUGUUCUGUCGUGACGGCGAGGAGUUCCUGUUCCGGACGGGUCUGGGGAUCCUGCGUCUGUAUGAGGACGUGCUCCUACAGAUGGAUUUCAUCCGCAGCGCCCAGUUUCUGACACGCCUCCCUGAGGAUAUAGGCUCAGAUAGGCUGUUCGCCUGCAUUGCAGCCGCGCCCAUGCUCAAUGGAAACAGAAAAUGGUCCCAGGUAUUUCAUGCGUUGAUGAAGGACAACAAGGACAUGGACAGGAAUUGCAACCCAGCACUUAAGAGUUUAUGAUUCAGCAGUGGAACGUUUGAAGGAUCAUGUUCCUCUCUUUAAUUGAGAGGCUUUGAUCACCUUAGAUUGAUCAUGGUAAAUGGACCUUAAAGAAUUUCAUACUUGAAGAUGGAGGCCUUGAACACCAUUGGCAGUUUGAUUGAAUUUAGAGUAUUUAUGGUAGUAUAUCAUGAAUAUACAGUACCAGUCAAAAGUUUGGACAGACCGACUCAUUCAAGGGUUUUUCUUUUUUACUAUUAUUUUAGAAUAAUAGUGAAGACAUCAAAACUAUGAAAUAACACACA